AUGACAACAAAAUUCCAAGUAAUCGGUAAACGUGAUGAAAUUAUUGAUUGGUUGGAAAAGCACCGCAAUGUUGUAUGUGAAUACAUACAUCAUGAUGAUCAAGAAUUCGAUUGUCAAAAACGAGGAAGCACAAGAUCCAAAAGGUCUACUAAAUCUGCUACGGAACGUGCAAUCCUCUUAUUUGAGCUUUAUUAUGAUCAAGAAAAUGAAAAAGAUUCAUCUCAUAAUACUAUGAUUAAAAAGAUUCUCCCCUUCAGUGGAAAAAAGCGAAUGGUUUUGGAAAUCAGACCGUACGUUCGUGGAGAGGAGUAUGAAUAUAAUAAGAAUUUAAUCCGAAGAAAUGUUGGUGUGAGUGGUGUAGCAUUACGACAGAUUUUGGACGUGUGGACGAGUACUCCUUGUUCACGUCGUCAACGAAAUCAUAGGGUGGGGUGUGAUUAUGAAUAA